AUACGGUAACAGCUGUUGUUAGUUGAAGGCGGUACGACGACUAGUUCUAGUUUUUAUUCCAAUGGUUGUAUUAAUCUGAGGCUUUCGUUAUUGCUGGUUUUCGUCGAUUUCUCUCGUUAUUAAAUGUUAGUGCAUUUUGUGCGCUUUCAGUGUCGUCGACUCAACUUUUUUGUUAUUCUCUUUUCUAGUCCUCACGCUACUCUGCAUGCUCUUUCAGUACACAAAUUACCUUCUGGCUAAACACGGACCGCUGCAUUCGUAAUGAAGCACGUGGGUCGAUAUUUGACCGAAUCAGAACGCGGAAAUAUUCUAAAGCUGUAUGAAGAAGGGGAAAAUGUUGAAGAAAUCGCAAAGUAUUUUGGACGAAGUGAAGCUACUGUACGAAGAAUAAUUGCUGGUACUUGGCGACCAAAAAGAUACUCGGGCGAUUGUUCUAAAGGGAUCUUGGAAGAUAAGUACUUAGUUCUCAAAGUGAAAGCCAAUAGAUUGAAGAACUUGAAAAAGCUACAACCAGCUAAAUUGGACUCCUGUGAUGCCAGCGUGCAAAGUCGAAGUUCAGCAUCCAAUAGCAAUAGGUCAUCAAGCAAAUCAACAGACAUUUCAAAUAUUUAUCCUCCGAAAUUGAGAGGGAUUCCUGGACAGAUUGACAAAGUCUUCUCAAAAGAAGUAUUGCUGUGCUCUCAUGGCUCUGUUGUAUCCGUUCAUGACUUCAUAAAAUUCCUAUGUUCUAAAGAGACAUCCUCCAGCUGUGAAAUUUGGUAAAAAAAAAUCAAGAAAAUGCUAUCUAAAUCCUUAGAACUUAUCGCUCAUAUUUGAGCAUCUACCAUCAAGUGUCAGUUCAAAGAUACAUUAUUAAAGAAUCUGAUAAAGAAUCCAAGUUGAAUCGUGUGCAUGUGUUACUGGUAUUGAUUGCAAACUAAUCAUGAGUUAUCAAAAAUGAGUAUAUUUGUUGCUUUAUCUCUAGCACGUUUGAUCAAUUAUAGUCUACUUCUAAA